GCUGCGCUCAGUCGCACGUCAGCGUUGAUGGCAACAGGGCUGGCGGUAUUCAUCGAGGACUCCGCAUCGGGCUAACUGCGCAGCGGGAAGCAAGGAUAACGCAGCUGUUAAUUAUAGGGAUUAUUGAUUGGCAACAUGGCCUGCCGCACAUCGUUCCUCAAAACCAUUCUCAUCAUACUCAAUGUGCUGCUUUCGCUGAUUGGCGUGACUCUGAUUGCCCUGUCCGUGUUCGAGUUGAACAGCUCCACGCCGGGCACCUUCGAGCACAUCGCCAUCGUUGUCCAGAUCUUCGUGGGCACCUUUGUCGUGUUGACCUCGUUUCUGGGCUGCUUCGCCUCGGCUCGGAUUUCCCUCGGACUCGUUUGGAGCUAUGUGAUCUGCCUGCUCAUCCUGCUGUGCCUGCAGAUCUACAUCAUUGCGGCAGCCCACUCCACGGACUAUGUGGAGCGGUCGAAGAGGGACUUCCUCGCCAUCUGGUCUGAUCCGAGGGCAAAUGUAGAACGCAUAUCAUUUAUUCAGCAAAAGUACUCGUGCUGCGGCGAGUUGGGCUCUCACGAUUACAUUCUGAUGGGCCGGGGAAUACCCAGUACCUGCUACAAAGCGUUCCUGCGGCACGGUGACUUCCUCUUCACCGAGGGCUGUCUGCGGGCCGUGCAGGCCCAUGCCACCGACAACGUGGUCAUCGGACUCAUCAUCAAAUGGCUGCUGCUGCUGGUGGAGUUCGCCGCCCUGGGAGCCGCCACUCACUUGGGCAUCACGGUGCGCAAUAAAUUGCGGCGCGAGAGAUUCUAACAGGUCCCCUACGAACCACCGAAAUCGGUUGUUGUUGGCAACACAUAUGCCAAUACGUAUGGAUUUUUAUAGCAGCUUAAGAUGAUCUGGAGGCACCUAAAAAGUAGAAUAAAAAUAAACCGAAAUCAAAAUA